UCUGCCCUCACUUCAAGGAAGUCGUGAGUCCCGCUGUCCACUACCUUUGAUGCCGCGUGUCGCUGAGCGUUGCUCGUCUCUGCAGUGCGCUACUUGCUCCUUCGACGGACGGGAAGAGAACGAUACCUUCUUUGGGUUCGACCCCAUCAACCGCGAAGGUAUCGAGGCGCCUGCGUCGAGCGUCAACAAGGAAGGUCAGUACGUGUGCAAGAAGCAUGGCUCUGCCGCUUGCACGCAGUGCUACGGUUGGAAGAAGCAGAUCACGCGGGCCCGGACGGCCGCGAAGAAGGCUGGCAGGAAGUAAUACUGAAUGCGCGUGUGCUGUGUUGUUGUAUGUGUUGUUGUAUUGUUAGCUGUCGGAAUGAGCUGGAAGGAUGCGCAAGUUGUGUAUUAUAUCGAAGCAAUGAACUCUGCACUGGCAUGAAGUCGAACAUCAUCGAUGCGUCCACUCCAGUGGCAGUUGAUUAGACGGUUAUUACUAUUGGAUCUAUGAACGUCCAGAGCAGCCGCUCGUCCCUCUACUAAAAAGUCUGUAGGGAACCAGUCGUUACCUCAAUC